CCAUAGUGUUGAAGCUAAAACGGUUCCUUCUUUGUUUCGAGACUGGACCGUGGGACGUUUAAGAGCAAUUGGUCAGCAGAUCCUAGUAAUCUUGGUGCAGAGUAUUGGGUUAUAAGUCCAGCUAUGAGAGGGUGCCGUGCCAUGGAGGGCUUUGAAUGUGAUCAGGAGGAUCUCGAAGUGAAUUCUAUAGCAAACAGGAAGCCAAUCGGGACCAACGCUGACCAGCAGCAGCGAGCAGCAGCUAUGGCUAAAAGUGAUGGAUGCGAAUACUUUAGAAGAACCAGCCUGUUUUGGAUUGUCUCCGUGACACUCGCGAUGGGAUAUUUCACUUGCACUGUGUUUGUGCCAGAGAAAAUCCCAUUUCAGUACCUUGGUCUAUUUGGCAGCUUCUGCAGAUACCUUGUGGAUAACUAUGCUGACAUUAUGUACAAAGGGUGGUGGGCCGCCUGGGCUGUCCAUGCUUUUGAGGCCUGUGUUGCAUUGAAGGUGUGCAGCAACAAAGGUAUCGACAACAUGGCCACUCGCUGCCUGUGGUUUGUCCAAACCUUUCUGUUUGGCUUCGCCUCCCUCAGCCUGCUCAUCAAGUACGACCCCAAGCGUCCCAAACAGCACUGACGAGAGCAGAGGAAAGCCUACAGAACAACACUGCAUAAGCUGAAGCCAGAAAAAUCAAUCGCCACGUUGUGCCUCUUCCUCUUCCACUGUCUUUCUCUUUGAUAUGAAAUCCUGCUGAGGGGGCAAGUGGAGGAAGACGCCUGAGACUUUCCUUUUAUACUGUUUCUUUUAACAUAAAAGUAUUGAAGUGAACACUACACUACAGUUUUUCUUACCUAGUUUAUACUACUUCCUGUGUUCCUAUGAUGAGCAUUAUGAUCUCCAUUUCAUUCCAUAGAUUUUCUAUUAAUAAACCAUAGAAAGCACAGUUGUACCUUUUUUAUAAAUAAUAAUUUAAAGAUUGUAUUGAUAAUAAUAUUAACAGAAAUUAUUUCAGCAUCAGAGUUUUCUUGAUGAAUCUGCCCUGGGCUGAAUAUUUAGUGCAAUCGCAGGGGAAUCGUCUAUGAAAUAGUUGUGUAUUCUCAUGAUGUUUACAUUCAGCCUGGGUGAUGGCAGUAGGGAUAUUUUCUCAGCUGCUGUGAUGAACAUAACAUCAGACAGGUUGGCUGCAGAUGGUACGCUGCCAUCAGCCUCAAAAGUAUAGAGAGCUGGUGUAUGCAUUUUAAAUCCUCAUUUUCCUUUCUUACACUUAAGAGUUUAACUUUUUAAAAAUAGACUGAAAGAUUUGAUUUAACGCUGCAAAAUAAAGAGUGACUUACAAACUGCA